CGAAUUCCAUUAAGCCUCUCUGGAUGAAGAAUUAAUUAUUGUUAAAAAAAUAACUAUAUGUGUAUAAAGACAAUGCAUAUUUACUGUUUUUUUAUUUUUUUUAUUUUUGCAGGCGUUGUACAAAGGCAAACAUUGUACCUGAUAUAUAUGUAUUACAAUGUAGUAUGACAAGAAAUUUUAGCUUUAUAUGUACAACAACGCUUCGACGAAUAAUCAGACCUCUUUAUCAACAUUCAAUGAUAACACGAAUUACAUUUUAUAUUUAAUAUUGUAUAUAGUAUAUAUAUACAUGUACAUGACUGCACGCAUUCCAAAGGCUAUUCGACAAAAUUUUUCUCUUCAAUUUGGUGCUAAGUCGGAUAACGCAAUAAUGUACUCAUCACAUUCAGAAGAUCAUGCAUCGAAAUGCUAUACUAUCGCCCAGGAUUCAACUGUUGAUGGUUCCGCAGAAGAGAGUCGAAAUGAAAGGGAAACUAACUUUUGCUUUCAACUUAAUGCUCGAAUACCAGCACGUUUGGUUCUUUACUUUUUAUCAUGGUCCGGUUUUUUGGUUUCUUUUAUGAUGCGCAACGAUAUAAACUUUGCCCUGGUGGCAAUGGUGCGUCCCCCUGAUGAGUUGAAUUCAUCAAACACAACUAUUUCCAGUAACGCUACAUUGCUUUCACUGAAUAGCUCAUUGCAGCUUGAUUUUACCAAUCAGACGCUUUUCGGAGAUGCGACCAAUAGAACUGUGAUAAACGCAAAAACGACUGCAGAUAGCGACGACGUCUACGAUUGGUCACCUUCGGUGAGGUCAGUAAUUGUAAGUUCCUUUUACUGGUGCUAUGUGCUCUCACAGGUUGUUGGUGGGAUUGCCACUCAAUACUUUGGCACAAAACAAGUAUUCGGUUGGUCUCAAUUUGCCACUGCAAUAUGUAGCCUUUGCAUUCCAUUCGGUGCAGAUUUUCACUAUUCUGCUGUGAUAAUACUAAGGUCAGUUCAAGGUUUUGCAUCUGGAUUGACGUGGCCGGCUAUGUAUGCCAUAGUUGGCUUUUGGAUUCCGUUGGCCGAACGUUCACGAUUCAUGUCAAGCUUUCAGGGUUUUAGCAUAGGCAUUGGUUUAACGUACCCUCUUUGUGGUUUUAUAAUCGACAACUUUGGCUGGCGAUAUGUUUUUUACACAACCGGAUCGUUAGGUAUGAUAUGGUGUAUACUAUGGUACUACCUAGCAUUCAACACGCCCAAGGAACAUCCACGUAUUUCUGCUGAAGAAAUCGAAUAUAUUGAAGUUAAUGUAAGCUCUGAAGCAAAAGAAGCAUUAGGCAUGAAUGUGCCGUGGAAAUCAAUUUUCACUUCUUUGCCUGCCUGGGCGAUUGGAAUAACGACAUUCGGAAGAAUUUGGAUUCAUUAUAUAUUCAUUGUGUGUGGACCGAAUUUUAUGAAGAACGUGCUUAAGUUCAAUUACAAAGCAAAUGGGUUUCUGUCCGGUAUGCCAUUUAUUUGCUCUUAUAUUUCAUCUGUAAUAUUUUGCUAUGUGGCUGACAAAUUGAUGCUAAAUGAUGGGAUGAGUCUUACAAAUGUUCGUAAGAUUUUUACUGCCAUGUCGCAAGUCGUUCCUGGCAUUCUAAUAUACUGGAUUGGCUACAUUGAUACGAAUAUUGUAUUACUAUUAUUAAUUUGGUUUGUGGCAGUUACAUUCAUAACAGCUUCGUAUGCUGGCGCUAUGGCUAAUAUUGUUGACAUUGCACCGAAUUUGGCAGGGCCGGUUCUUGCUUUUUGCCAAACAAUUCAUAUGUCCGCAUCAUUUCUUUCCCCGCUGGUUUCGGGUAUAAUUGUCACAAACGAGAGUUCAAUUGAACAAUGGCGCACAGUUUUUGGAGUCUCAUCGGCGAUAGCGAUAUUAACAUAUGGCGUUUUCCAAAUCUACGGUACAGCUGAAAUUCAAAGUUGGAACUACCCACAACCACACGCCGAUGGCUCAGCCGAAGAAAGCCAGAUACUUAAUAAACGGAAUGAAGAACGUAUUCCGAAAGACGAGUUGUAAACUAUGUGAAUAUACAUAUAUAUCUAAAGUCACUUAAUUAAGCGAAAUAUUUAACUCGUGUCCAACCUUUAUUUACUAUCGAUUUGAACUUUUUGGCAUUUUGUACUUGUGAAAAAAAAACUACAUUUUUAACUUAAUACCAUUUUAUAUAGUAGAUACAUAUGUGUAUGUAUGUGCACAAACUUAUACAUGUGUAAUUAUCAAAAAAAAAAAACGAAUGCCAACAAUUUAUGUUCAAAAUGUGUACAUAGGAAUUUGUGUAAGUUCCUCUAUUUAUACGUUUUCAUAACGUUUAACAUGUUUCAUUUUCCGGAUUUAAGGUAUAUAGUUGUUCUGAUGGAAUCUAUGAUGGAAUCCAUAAAAAUAAAUAAGGUCCAUUCGAUUGCCUAUUAAUGUGUGAUAGUUAUUACUUACGCGCAAGUAUACUUAAAAAUCUGUGGAGUAAGCAAAUUGAAAGCGAAAAUCCAAAAAUACACCACUAACUGUAGCUAAUUGCAACUUAUUGCCUUGUAAAAUUUGAAGUUGAAAACAAUAAAAUUAAUUGACU